AUGACUGUGACGUCCCGCAUGGCCCACGCAACGCCCGCGUCGUUUGCGGCCCACAUCCACGACCGCGACUUGGAAAGCGAGAUCGCUGACCAGUAUUGCGCCAACGCAAACCUGGACUUUUCGCUCGGCGGCGGCAAGCGCCACUUCAUCGACGCGUUCUUGGCCAAGCUGAAACCAGCCGGGUACACCAUCACGCUGGACAAGACUGAGUUGGAGGCCUAUCGCGCGGCCAAUGAGGCCAAAGGCACCCUCCGCAUGUUUGGCUAG